AUGUGGGACCUCAGCCAAGCCGCCGGGCUCAGGGCUCCGGGUCACCCGCGGAACUGCUUGGUGCCCUCACCCCCAGACUGCGCCUCUUCCUGCCUGCUCCCCGCCGGGCCAGGUGUGUGGCGUCCCAGCCCCCUGGGCCGAGCCGAGGCGCCUUCGGACGUGACCUUUCCUCCCUUCCCCUCCCACUUCCAUGUAUUAUUGCACGUGGCCGUGGUCCGGAGGCCUUGGGUAAAUUGCUGUGUUUCUGCACCUAAGAAGGGCUCCAAUGCUAUUUUUUCUCUUGUGAGGUAG